AUGCCAAAACGAGAUUUGCUAAGCAUUGCUACAAAAAGUUACCGAGUACUUCAUUCUUCGCAAACAAAUGAGACUCUGAAAAAAGCACCAACUGCUUUAAAGAUGGCGACAUCUAAGGAGGACAACAAAUUAAUGGACGGUUACGGCCGAAAACAUAAGUAUUUAAGAAUAUCACUAGUAGAAAAAUGUAAUUUGAAAUGUAAGUAUUGCAUGCCAAAAGAAGGGAUCAAACUAUGUCAAAAAAAUGACAUUCUACGCUUGGAUGAAAUUAUUCGUAUUGCUACUAUUUUCGCACAACUUGGAGUUAAAAAAAUUCGAUUAACAGGUGGUGAGCCAACAUUACGCAAGGAUUUAGUAGAAAUUAUUGAGAAUUUAUCUAAAAUAAGUGGAAUUGAGCAUAUCACGAUGACUACGAAUGGGUUAGCGAUUAGAAAAAAAUUAGAAUUAUUUGCGAGAAGUGGUUUGCAUGGAGUGAAUAUCAGUUUGGAUACACUAAAUCCAGAACGCUAUUUAUAUAUUACCGGUCAAAAAGGUUUUACUGAUGUUCUAAAAACGAUUGAAUCUGCUACUAACAUAUUUCAAAUUGUAAAGAUAAACAAUGUAGUCAUAAGAAACUUUAACGAUUCUGAAGUUCCUGAUUUCGUCGCAAUCACCAAAGCCAAGAAUAUUGAUGUACGAUUUAUCGAAUACAUGCCUUUCUCGGGAAAUAAUUUUGCUGCUGAGAAACUGGUACCUUACAAAGAAUUACUGAAAAUUUUGGAUAAAAUUUUUCCACAAAUCGUGAGACUUAAAGAUGAACAAAACAGUACAAGUAAAAGUUACAAAGUAGAAGGUUUUCAAGGCAAAUUUGGCUUUAUAUCAUCAAUCACGGACAGUUUCUGCAGUACUUGUGAUAGGAUUCGCAUAACUGCAGAUGGAAAUUUAAAGGUAUGCUUACAUGACAGAGCUGAAGUUUCACUCAGAGAUAUUAUGAGAUGUGGAGGAACAAAUGACGAUAUUCAGAAAGCGAUUAUCAAAGCCAUAAGACAAAAAAAAAGAGAACAUGCUGGCAUCAAAGAACUGAUGGAGUUUUCAAAUAGGAACUUACUUUCGGGAAGUCAAUUAUAUAAUAUCUAUUGCCAUUGCUCCAAAACAUUCAACCAUAUAAAUGAUGCUGGUAAAGCAAAAAUGGUCGAUGUAAGCAUGAAAAAAGUAACGCUACGAAAAGCAACAGCACAAUGUACAGUUAAGAUUACUGAUGAAGUCAUGAAAGCACUAAGAGAGAACAAAGUAGCAAAAGGAGAUGUUCUAUGUGUUUCACGUAUUGCCGGAAUUAUAGCUGCAAAAUCAACAUCAACAAUCAUCCCACUAUGCCACAAUAUUCCGCUAACAGCCGUACAGGUUGAAAUGGACCUUCUUGAGGAAAAAAACGAGGUUCAGAUCCGUUCAACAGUAUCAACAAAUUCACAAACUGGAGUUGAAAUGGAAGCUUUGACAGCAGUUUCAGUGUCAGCUUUAACAUUAUAUGAUAUGUGCAAGGCUAUAACACAUGAAAUGACAAUUUCUAAUAUCCAACUUUUAAAAAAGGAGGGUGGAAAACGUACAGUAGAAAAAAUACAUUGA